AUGGAGCGGUUGCGGGACGUGCGCGGGCGGCUGCAGGCCUGGGAGCGCGCGUUCCGGCGGCAGCGCGGGCGGCGGCCGGGCCAGGUGCGGGCGGGCCAGGGGCGGGCGGGCCGGGCCAGGGGCGGGCGGCUGAGAGCUGACGGGCUCCCUCCGCAGGAGGACGUGCUGGCGGCGCCGGAGGAGACCCGCGCGCUCUACCGGGAGUACCGCGCGCUGAGGAGGGCCCUGGGCCGGACCGGCGGCGCGGGACCCCGCAGCCCCAAGCAGCCGCGGCCGACGGCGGAGGAGGUACCGAGGCCUGGGGUCGCCGGCCCGCCAGCCUCUCCGGGGCACGACCUGGGGCCGGGGGGGGGCUCGGACGCCCGCCGUGUCUCCCCGCAGAUGCAGGAGCCCAGCUGCUGGGGGCCGCACCUGAGUCGGGCAGCGACGCGGAGGCCUCACGCCGCCGGCUCUGCGCCAGGCUCUGCGGGGGCCGUGGCCGACUACGGGGCGAGGCUUAAGGCCAACCUGAGAGCCACGCGCCAGGCCGGGCCAGCCCUGGGCGGUAUACCCCGGCCUCCACGGAGACUCUCGUCCGAGAUGCCCUUCCCGGGACCACCAGAUGCAGGGGCUGCCCCCGUCUCUGCAGAAGUCAGCGAGGAGCUGCUCCAGCUUCCUGGGCCCCAGCCGAGACCAGGCCGCCUUCAGCAGCUGCAGGCAUCCCUGAGCCUACGGCUGAGCUCCCUAGACCCAGGCUGGCUAGAGCGCUGUCACAGUGCAGCUUCAGAUUGCUUGCGGGCUUCCGCGGCCUGCCAGCCCAGCCUGGGUGUAGAGGAGUCACAGCCUCUGACUUCGGGGGUCCCGUCGGUCCUUGGAGCCAGCCCUGGCCCCGAGGGUCGAGCCCUGCAGAGAGCUGCAGUUGGUGCAGGGAGCCCCGAAGCUGGCAACAGUCAAGGCAAGAAGCGAAGACGGACUAAGGAAACAGGAGGGGGUCCUGCACAGGCACAGCAGGAUAGCGGCCAAGCGGGACCCCCGCCUGAGGAAGCCGGGGCUGUGGGACCUGCAGAAGACUGUCCGGGAGAACCCCUGAGGGUACAGCCUGCCAGUGGUCCCACAGCCACAAGCUCAGCUGUGCGGGACCAAGGUAAUUACGUUCGGCUCAACCUGAAGCAGAAACGCUACGUGCGAGGCCCAGCACGACGCGGCAGGCUCCUCCGCAAGCAGAUGUGGAAGCAGAAGUGGCGGAAGAAGGGGGAGCAUUUUGGAGGCAGCCAAGCCCGAGCCACAGCCGACGAUUCUUGCUUCCGAUGUGGGCAGCUCGGCCACUGGUCAUCCCAGUGCCCCCAGCCAAGUGAAGUCUCCAUUCCAGAGCCUACCUGGGGCCCCCAGACGAGCAGCGAGAAGGAAGAGGAGGUGCAGCCCCAGCUCACCCCAGAGGAGGGCCCCCGGAGGACGGGCACCACCAGCUGCCGGCUCCCUGUGAGUGAGGAAGACACGGAGCCCGCUGGGCCUGAGCGGUUGGUGACCACGGAGCGGCCGGUGCUGCAGGCCCCCUGCCCACCCCCCACUGUGCCACCACUCUACCCACCAGGGCCCUCGGGGCAGGUGGCAGGUGAGCAGGAGCCUGGCUGCCCAGAGCCUUCGCUGGGGGGUGGGGACCACUUGGAGCCGUGCUGGCCAACACCUGUGUCCACAGAGACCCCAGCUGAGGUGUUCCAGGCCCUAGAGCAGCUGGGGCACCGGGCCUUCCGCCCCAGGCAGGAACAGGUGGUCAUGCGCGUCCUCUCUGGCAUGUCCACGCUGUUGGUGCUGCCCACUGGUGCUGGCAAGUCUCUGUGCUACCAGCUUCCCGCGCUGCUCUACGCCCGGCGGAGCCCUUGCCUCACGCUGGUCAUCUCUCCCCUCCUGUCGCUCAUGGACGACCAGGUGUCCAGCUUACCCCCGUGCCUGAAGGGGGUCUGCAUCCACUCGGGCAUGAGCCAGAAGCAGCGCGAGUCGGCCCUGCAGAAGGUGAGGGGCCUCACGUGGCAGGACAGGCAGGGGGGCAGCCGGCCCUCGGUGACACGCCUGACCUUGCGUCUUCAGGUUCACGCGGCCCAGGUGCAGCUGCUGGUGCUGUCACCCGAGACGCUGGUGGGGGCUGGGGCGGGGAUGCCUGGCCACCUCCCUCAGCUGCCUCCGGUCGCCUUCGCCUGCAUCGAUGAGGCCCAUUGCAUUUCCCAGUGGUCCCACAACUUCCGGCCCUGCUACCUGCGUGUCUGCAAGGUGCUGCGGGAACACAUGGGCGUGCGCUGCUUCCUGGGUCUCACAGCCACGGCCACACGCAGCACCGCAAGAGAUGUGGCCCGGCAUCUAGGUGUGGCCGAGGAUCUGGUCCUCAGGGGGCCAGCCACCGUCCCCAGCAACCUGCACCUCUCUGUGUCCAGGGACAGGGACCCAGACCAGGCUUUGGUGACGCUGCUGCAGAGUGAUCGCUUUCGCGCUCUGAGCUCAGUCAUCGUCUACUGCCACAGACGCGGGGACACAGAGCGAGUUGCUGCGCUGCUCCGCACCUGCCUGCGUGAGGCCUGGGACCUCAGGCCUGGAGGCCAGUCCGAGGCUGUCGCCGAGGCCUACCACGCCGGCAUGUGUCCGCGGGAGCGGCAGCGCGUGCAACAGGCCUUCAUGGAGGGCCGGCUGCGGGUGGUGGUGGCCACGGUGGCUUUCGGGAUGGGGCUGGACCGGCCAGACGUGCGGGCUGUGUUGCACCUGGGGCUGCCUGCCAGCUUCGAGAGCUACGUGCAGGCUGUGGGCCGGGCCGGACGUGACGGCCAGCCUGCACACUGCCACCUCUUCCUGCAGCCCCAGAGCCAGGACCUGCAGGAGUUGCGCAGACACGUGCACGCUGAUGCCACGGACUUUCUCACUAUGAAGAAGCUGGUCCAGCGCGCAUUCCCGCCCUGCACCUGCACCCAUGCCCCACGGCCUUCGGAGCAGGAGGGAGCCAGGAGUCAAGAGCAGCCUGUGGCCCCAUCCCCGACGGAGGCCGAGCAACCCAACAGCAAAGGCACAGCCCGGUGCCCAGGCCACACGCGGGCACUGCCCAUGCAGGCACUGGUGGAAGCCCUGGACAUGCCUGAGGAGGCCAUCGAGACCCUGCUGUGCUACCUGGAGCUACACCCGCAGCGCUGGCUGCAGCUGCUGCCACCCACCUAUGCCCAGUGCCGCCUGCACUGCCCUGGGGGCCCCACCCAGCUCCAGGCCCUGGCCCGCAGGUGCCCCCUGCUGGCUGUGUGUCUGGCCCAGCAGCCAGCGGAUACCACAGAUGGGGGAAGCUCUUCUGUAGAGUUUGACGUCUUUAACCUGGCUGACUCGCUGGGCUGGAAGCUGGGCCGCGUGCGGCAGGCUCUCCGUCAGCUGCAGUGGGACCCGAAGCCCAGGACAGGUGCACAUGGGGGCACGGGGGUGCAGGUGGAGUUCGGGGAGCUCGCCUUCUGUGUGCACAGUCCUGGGGACCUGACUGCCCAUGAGAGGGACCAGAUCUGUGACUUCCUGUAUGGACACAUACAGGCCCGAGAGCAGGAGGCCCUGGCCCGCCUGCGCCGCACCUUCCAGGCCUUUCUCAGCGUGGCCUUCCCCAGCUGCGGGCCCUGCUUGGAGCAGCCUGAUGAGGAACGCAGCACCAGGCUCAAGGCUUUACUCAGCGGCUACUUCGAGGAGGAGGAGGAGGAGGGUCCAGGGGGCUCGGAAGAUGAGCAGGGCCUGGAGCCCGGACAGGAGAAGAUCCAGGACUGGGAGGACCAGGUUCGCCAGGACGUCCACCGCCUGCUGUCCUCAUGGCCAGACCAGCAGUUCUCAGGCAGGGCCGUGGCCCGUAUCUUCCACGGCAUCGGAAGCCCCCGCUACCCGGCACAGGUGUACGGGCGGGACCGGCGCUUCUGGAGGAGAUUCCUGCACCUCAGCUUCCAGGCCCUGAUGCGCAUAGCCACAGAGGAGAUCCUGCGGUGCGGCCCCUGACCACCCUGCUGGGGCGGGCCCUGCUCCCUCGUGUCACGACAGGCACGCGCUGGGGGCUGCGUGGCCAGUGUGCAGGGAGCCCGGUGUGGACUUUGUCAGGGGAAAAGGGCACAGAUGUCCACGACAGUGACUGAUGACCCUGGGCAAGGCCCACCACCAGAAGUGUGGGAGCAAGGAUGCCCCAAAAUGCAGAAUAAAAAAUGCUCAAGCCAC